AUGAAGUUCUCUACUACUUGCACCGCUCUGCUAUUGGCAUCUGCCUCGGCUUUCACUCCUUCCCAUAAGCCUUUUUGCUCCACUUCUCUAAAAGCACAAACUGGUGUUUCCAGAACUGACUUUUUCGCGCAAUUGGCUGGCGUCGCUGUAGUCGCUAGCGCUUUCCCCGGAGCCGCAAACGCUGCUAAGUACGGUGGAAUCGGUGCCUCGUCUCCAGGUGUUCUUGACCCGAAGGAAGCUAUUGUUGAUAGUGAAAUCCUUGCCUCAUCUGGUGUCCAAGAUGCUUUGAAAUCUGUGAAGAGCUAUGCUGCGUUGGUUGGUGAAAUGAAGAAAACCGUGGCAGGGAAUGAGCAAGUCAACCUUGGACCAGUCCUUCGUAAGCAAUUCGAUUUCGGAAAGCUUCGUGCUGACCUUAACACAUUGAACACUGCUUUUGAUGAAGACACACAAAGAGGAACAGAUCGUCUGAUCCGAGGAAUUCUUCAGGACCUGACAGAAAUUGAAACUGCUAAUGUCCAAAAGGAAGGAAUUGAGAGAAGUCCAAGACGUGUAGCCACUUUGAACGCCAAAUUGGACAAGGUUGAAAGCGCUUUCAAUCAAUACCUAGCUUUUGUCCCAUAA